AGGGGAGCCGGGCGGAAGCCGGGGUCCUGCCUGCUGAGGAUCCGCGGCUGGGAUUAGCAGGGGGACCCCUGCGGAGAGGCAAAGUGUGGACCCCAGUGCCGACUCCGAGCGCAUCGUCGGCCCCGCGCGUGCGCCCUGGCGCGGCCCGGAUAACAGUUUCUUUAAUGGAGCAGCCAAUCUGUCUGCAGACCUGGUUUCAUCAAAUGAUUGACAGACCCCAGCUCUAAAGCCAGUUAAACAUUCCAGCCAGCCGGGCACUGGGUAGUUGAUGAUCCUCACGAUGUUGGACUUUCUGGCUGAGAACAACCUCUGUGGCCAGGCCAUCCUAAGGAUCGUUUCCUGUGGCAAUGCCAUCAUUGCUGAGCUUCUGAGACUCUCUGAGUUUAUUCCUGCUGUAUUCAGGUUAAAAGACCGAGCAGAUCAACAGAAAUAUGGAGAUAUCAUAUUUGAUUUCAGCUAUUUUAAGGGUCCAGAAUUAUGGGAGAGCAAACUGGAAGCUAAGCCAGAGCUACAGGAUUUAGAUGAAGAAUUUCGUGAAAACAACAUAGAAAUUGUGACCCGAUUUUAUUUAGCAUUUCAAAGUGUGCAUAAAUAUAUUGUAGACUUAAACAGAUAUCUAGAUGAUCUCAAUGAAGGCAUUUAUAUUCAGCAAACCUUAGAAAGUGUGCUUCUCAAUGAAGAUGGAAAACAACUCCUAUGUGAAGCGCUGUACUUAUACGGAGUUAUGCUGCUGGUCAUCGACCAAAAGAUUGAAGGAGAAGUCAGAGAGAGAAUGCUGGUUUCCUACUAUCGAUACAGCGCUGCUCGAUCUUCUGCUGAUUCAAACAUGGAUGAUAUUUGUAAGCUGCUUCGAAGUACAGGCUAUUCCAGCCAACCAGGAGCCAAAAGGCCACCCAACUAUCCUGAGAGCUAUUUCCAGAGAGUGCCUAUCAAUGAAGCCUUCAUCAAUAUGGUCAUCGGUCGACUAAGAUCUGAUGAUAUUUACAACCAGGUCUCAGCUUACCCUUUGCCGGAACAUCGCAGUACAGCCCUGGCAAAUCAGGCCGCCAUGCUCUAUGUAAUUCUCUACUUUGAGCCUUCCAUUCUUCAUACCCAUCAAGCCAAAAUGAGAGAGAUAGUGGACAAGUACUUUCCAGAUAAUUGGGUCAUUAGUAUUUACAUGGGGAUCACCGUCAAUCUAGCAGAUGCUUGGGAGCCUUACAAAGCUGCAAAAACAGCUUUAAACAACACCCUGGACCCUUCAAAUGUCAGAGAACAGGCAAGCAGAUACGCUACUGUCGGUGAAAGAGUGCACGCUCAAGUGCAACAGUUCCUGAAAGAAGGUUAUCUAAGGGAGGAGAUGGUUUUGGACAACAUCCCAAAGCUCCUGAACUGCCUGAGAGACUGCAACGUGGCCAUCCGGUGGCUGAUGCUGCACACAGCCGACUUAGCCUGUGACCCAAACAACAAACGCCUUCGUCAAAUCAAGGACCAGAUCCUAACAGACUCGAGGUACAAUCCCAGGAUCCUCUUUCAGCUGCUGUUGGUUCAAGAAUUUCACCAGUUGGAGUCAAAUCUCCAAGUAUGUCAGUUUCUUGCUGAUACGCGCAAGUUCCUCCACCAAAUGAUCCGAACCAUUAACAUUAAAGAGGAGGUCCUGAUCACAAUGCAGAUCGUGGGGGACCUUUCCUUUGCUUGGCAGUUAAUUGACAGUUUCACUUCUAUCAUGCAAGACAGCAUAAGGGUAAACCCAUCCAUGGUUACUAAACUCAGAGCUACAUUCUUGAAGCUUGCCUCUGCUCUUGACUUGCCCCUCCUGCGUAUUAAUCAAGCAAACAGCCCUGACCUUCUCAGCGUGUCUCAAUACUAUUCCGGUGAACUGGUGUCCUACGUGAGAAAGGUCUUGCAGAUCAUUCCAGAAAGCAUGUUUACUUCUCUGCUAAAGAUCAUAAAGCUUCAGACCCACGAUAUCAUUGAAGUGCCGACCCGCCUGGACAAAGAAAAGCUGAGAGACUAUGCUCAACUCGGCCCAAGAUACGAGGUUGCCAAGCUGACUCAUGCUAUUUCCAUUUUUACUGAAGGCAUCUUAAUGAUGAAAACAACUUUAGUCGGCAUCAUCAAGGUGGAUCCAAAACAAUUGCUGGAAGACGGAAUCAGGAAGGAGCUAGUAAAACGCGUUGCUUUUGCUCUUCACAGGGGGUUGAUCUUUAACCCUCGAGCCAAGCCAAGUGAAUUGAUGCCCAAGCUGAAAGAGUUGGGGGCCACCAUGGAUGGAUUCCAUCGUUCUUUUGAAUACAUUCAGGACUACGUCAACAUUUACGCUCUGAAGAUUUGGCAGGAAGAAGUAUCUCGUAUUAUAAAUUAUAACGUGGAGCAAGAGUGUAAUAACUUCUUAAGAACAAAGAUUCAAGACUGGCAAAGCAUGUACCAAUCCACUCAUAUUCCAAUACCAAAGUUUACCCCUGUGGACGAGUCCGUAACCUUUAUUGGUCGACUCUGCAGAGAAAUCUUGCGGAUCACAGACCCAAAAAUGACCUGUCACAUUGACCAGCUGAACACUUGGUAUGAUAUGAAAACUCAUCAAGAAGUGACCAGCAGCCGCCUCUUCUCAGAAAUCCAGACCACACUGGGGACUUUCGGCCUGAACGGGUUAGACAGGCUCCUGUGCUUCAUGAUUGUAAAGGAGUUACAGAAUUUCCUCAGUAUGUUUCAGAGAAUUAUCCUGAGAGACAGAACUGUUCAGGAUACUUUAAAAACCCUCAUGAAUGCGGUCAGCCCCCUCAAAGGAACGCCACCAAAGGCAUGCACUUCCCUGAGUGGUGUCAGUGGUAAUCUGCCCUUCCUUGCAGGAAUGGUCUGCCGAAAACCCGCCGACCCCGUGGAUUGGCCGCCGCUGGUCCUGGGUCUGCUCACCCUGCUGAAGCAGUUUCAUUCCCGGUACACGGAACAGUUCCUGGCACUGAUCGGCCAGUUUAUCCGCUCCACAGUGGAGCAGUGUACAAGCCAGAAGAUACCUGAAAUGCCUGCGGAUGUUGUGGGCGCCCUCCUGUUCCUGGAGGAUUAUGUCCGGUACACAAAGCUACCCAGGAGGGUUGCUGAAGCACACGUGCCUAACUUCAUUUUUGAUGAGUUCAGAACAGUCCUGUAACUUUCUCUUCCGCGUCUUCAACGGAAGGACUGCCCCGAAGUCUUGCCGCCAUCACUGUAAGGAUUGAAGAGCUGAAGCUGAACUGCCCACAUCACCCCGUUUUCCAUUUAUUGUGGGAACAUCAGACAUGCUGAGCAAAGUGUAUCUCAUGGAACUAGGUAAUAGAAUUCAUGUUAUUUAAAUCAUGGUAUUAUAUGCAAUUGACAUCAUGUAGAAGCAGAAUCCAUUUUUGUACUGCCUCUUAUAAAUGCUGAAUGUAAUUGUUAAGUAUAAAUCCAUUUAGUUUUAUGUUUCAAAGAACUAUUUGUGCAGCUCCAGAUUUUCAGUAAAAUAUUAUUGCCAGUA